UCUAAGGGCGGUUGUGAUUGGCUGUUUCCGUGGACAGGACUCAGCAUUGAACCAGAGUGUACACGGCUUGAUCAGCAUGUUUUUUGCUUUCCGUGGUGCCCGCUGCCUUGGGAAUCGUUUGCAACUGCUGAAGGCUGUUAAUUCUUCUCAGUGCACCAGGGUGUUUACUUCUCGAGCAAUGUCUUCAAGACACAAGAAUGCAAAUCGAAUCCAGGGGAUUGAUGGCAAUGUGUGGGUUGAAUUCACGGCACUUGCUGCGGAUCCUAGUGUUGUGAACCUCGGACAGGGCUUUCCAGAUAUACCUCCUCCUUCCUAUGUGAAAGAAGCCCUUGCUCAAGCCUCAACUGUCGAUAGACUAAACCAAUACACCCGUGGCUUUGGCCACCCACCGCUGGUAGAUGCUCUCUCCCAGGUCUACGGCAGAGUGAUGGGAAGAAAAAUUCAUCCAAACAAAGAAAUACUUGUUACAUUAGGGGCUUAUGGGUCUCUCUUCAAUGCAAUUCAGGGACUUAUUGAAGUAGGAGAUGAAGUGAUAAUAAUUGAGCCGUUUUAUGACUGUUAUGACCCCAUGGUGAAAAUGGCCGGAGCCACUCCUGUCUCCAUCCCUUUAAGAUAUAAGUGCAGUGGCAAGAGCACAAUCUCUAGUGCUGAUUGGAAAUUAGACCAAGCAGAACUGGCAAGCAAGUUCAGUUCCCGCACCAAGGCAAUUGUAUUGAAUACACCAAACAACCCAAUGGGCAAGGUCUACACUAAAGAAGAACUGCAGUUCAUUGCUGCUCUCUGCAUUAAACACGAUGUCAUUUGUAUCAGUGAUGAAGUUUACGAAUGGCUUGUAUACCCUGGAAACAAGCAUAUUAAAAUCGCUACCUUGCCUGGUAUGUGGGAUCGGACCAUAACUAUUGGAAGUGCAGGAAAGACAUUUAGUGUAACAGGAUGGAAGCUUGGUUGGUCCAUUGGUCCUGCACAUCUGAUAAAGCAUUUACAGACUGUUCAGCAGAAUAGCAUAUACACUUGUCCAACGCCGUUACAAGAGGCACUUGCUCAGGCUCUUUUCAAGGACUUUAAAAGGAUGGAUGAGCCAGAUUGUUACUUUAAUUCGCUAGCCGUGGAACUAGAAGCCAAGCGUGACAGGAUGGCACAACUGCUUCAAGAAGCUGGACUAAAGCCAGUUAUUCCGGAAGGAGGAUAUUUCAUGCUGGCAGAUAUUUCAGUACUAGAUGUAGAUCUAUCUGAUAUCACGAAGGAUGAGCCUUAUGACUACAAAUUUGUGAAAUGGAUGAUUAAAACAAAGAAACUAGCAGCUAUUCCUGUAACAGCAUUUUGUGGACCAGAAACUACAAAGCAGUUUGAAAAAUACAUCCGGUUUUGUUUUAUUAAGCAAGAUGAAACACUGAAUGCAGCAGAAGUGAUCCUGAAAAACUGGAACAAAUAAAGAUUAGGAAAGACUGUACCCUUUUAAGCAAAAAAUGGGAUGAAGACUGAUUAAGAAGAAAUCAUGGGAUAAUGGCAAUCUAGGUGCAUUGUGGAACACAUUUAACAAAUACUACAGGGACAAUUCUAGCAAUAUUGUGUGGUAAUCUAGAUUUGUAUCGUGGCAGGCCACAUACUAUUCUGUAACAUAUGCAUUUGAAAAUGUCAACUUUAUAAAGAUUACAUUUUUAGAAUUCAAAGAGUUUAGUCAACAAAUUACCAACUGAGUAAGGGGUGUACUGAUCUUUCGGGCACUCAGUCAUGGAACAAAGUAGGGAUGCACCGAAAUGAAAAUUCUGGGCCGAAACUGAAAAUUCAGGAUGCCCUUGGUCGAAAACCGAAAAUGACAUUUUUCCCUAAAUGAAUUUUAAAACGUUUUUUUCCCCCCUGUAAUUUGUAUUACUAUUAGACCUUCUACCUUCUCUUUUAGUGGUCCCCCUUCUUAAUGUUCCUCUCUCCCCCCUCUAGUGUUCCUCCCCCCCACCUCUUUUUUAGUGUUCUUUCCGUUUUUGAAGUCUUAGAAAUACAAGAAUUAUGCUGCUGCUGUUUGCAAAUUGUGAAGCACUGUUCAUCUUCAGUUAGACGUACUCAGACUCUCAAAACAGAUUAAAAAAACUCUGACUAUAA